UCUAAACCCUUGCCAUAUAUAUAUACACAAACCCAUGUCCCAUAAACCUAUGUCCCUAAAAGCUCGGAACCUUUCCAACAGAAUACAAGGCUGCUCAAGCUCAGGUUUUGCCUCAAAACCACUCUGCUCACAUCCACCGGCGGCUACCGGUUUCCGGUGAACAGCAUCGUUCCGAAUUAGGAAUCAUUCUGUUGUCGUAUUUUUAUUUUAAUGAAGGAGGAGGUCUCGUACUUAUUCCAGAAACGUAGCAUAUCUUAACAAUGGAUCUGAAAUUCAAAGGUAAAAGAUGGGUUGGAAACAUAUUCCAGAAAUUUGAGGCUAUGUGCCAGGAAGUUGAUGAUUUUGUGAGCCAGGAUACAGUUAAAUAUGUUGAGAACCAAGUGCAUACAGUUGGUGACAGUGUGAAAAAAUUUUGUUCUGAUGUUGUGCAUGAUUUAAUUCCUUCUUCUUUGGUGGAACCUGGAAACCAUGAAGCUCAAGCAGUGUCUCCAAAACAAAAUGAUAGCAUCGGCACCUAUGUUAGGUCAAUGAUUGGUAUUGAAGAAAAGGCUGUAUACACUGAUAUUAAUCAAUUUUCUGUGGAGCAGGAUCUGGUUGAUCCUUUAAAAAACAGUCAUGAACAAUAUCCACCUUCUGCGGAUUGCAUUAAAGAAGCAGAAUCUGACUCAUCUUUGGGACCAGAAGUCGAUAAUUUGAAAGAUAACAAGUCAGAUAUUGUUCUUGAUGGAAGUGAGACAAAGGAGGAGCUGAUACGUAUUGAAGAAAACCCUUUAUGUACUGAUAUUAAUCAAUUUUCUGUGGAGAAAGAUCCAGUUGAUCCUUUAAAGAACAGUCCUGAACAAUUUAUCCAUCUACCUUCGGCCGAGUGCAUUAAAGAAGUAGAGUCUGACUUUUCUUUGGGACCAGAAGUUGAUGCUUUGAAAGAUAAGAAGUCGUAUAUUGACUUUGAAGAAAAUGACUCAAAGGAGGAUCUAAUUGAUAAAAAGUUCGACAUUGUUGAAGAAAAUGACACAAGGGAUGAAGGAAAUGAUGUGAACGAGGAGCUGAUAGAUAAGAAGUCCGACAUUGUUGAAGAAAAUGACACAAAUGAGGAGCUGAUAGAUAUAAAAUCUGAUGUUAUUGAAGAAAAUGACACAAAGGAGUUGUCAGCUGGGCCAGAAGAGUUGGAGUUAGUUGUUCCUGAGAAUAACAAUUUGUCUGAAUCAUCAUCGUUAAGCGAGUCCCCUGAUGAGAGGAUUCUGGCUGAAGUUCCAACUGCAACUUUGGUCUUUCAUACCCAAAAGGAAGAAAUGGCUUGUAAUAGCCUUUUAGAUGACAUUGAUUCCGUUUCUGAUAUUUCCAGCAUAGUCCCACCGUCUGAAAUGGACUAUUCAGUUGUUUCUGGUGAUAAUAAAACAGCAGAUUUGGGUCUUAUUUAUGCCAGUAGUUCUCUAACUGCAGAAACUUAUAGCAUGUCAGAAUUUUCACAUGCAAAUGUUACACAAAAUGAAGAGAACAUAUGCUAUAAGCCUGUUGAUGCUUUCUGGUCUUCUCAACUAUUCCCAGUUUUAUCUCGUGAUGACAAGGUUGCGGAUGCAAGACUUGCUUUCUCCAGCGGUGCCCUGUCACUGGAAUCAAAUGAUGUAGACUCCUUGACAACUGAUGAUGCUGCUUCUCUUGUUGGAUCAUCUGGAAAUAAGCAUCAAUAUUGCUAUGAGUGUACUCAAUUAGAGGCUUUAAUGCCUUCAUUGAAAAUUGGAGAGGCAGAUGACUGCAGAGUCGACAUUGCUGAUCCUAUAAUGGAAACUAUUGAAUUGUCUGAGAAGGCAAAGCUUGACGAGAGUUGUGUCAUUGUGGACAGUAAAUUACUCUAUUCUGUCUAUUGUAGAGCACAAAAACAUAGAUCAUACAAGAAAAUUUUACAGGAUGCUUUUGCUUCGAAAAAGAGGUUGACAAAGGAGUACGAGCAGCUGGCAAUUCUAUACGGAGAUAUUGAUAUAGAGUCCAGCCUGCAACCAGGACAGAAUCUUUUUCCCUGUAUACCCACCAACUUGGGGAAAUCAUCUUCUCGCGAUUUAUCAUGUGAACCUGAAUGGGAGCUUCUGUAAAUACUUGUGCUUUCUGUAGAUAUAAUGCAACUAAACGGGCUAUGCAGCUUUCUGCCCGUGCAGAUAUAUGAGACAAAGCUGAAGCUGCUGAGUGUGUUAAUAAUUAUGUCAAAAAUUCUCUUUUAAUUAGAUAAAAAUAAGGUAGUUGAAAUUAUGAACAGAAUAAUUUAUCUGUUUCAAGAUGGAAUGGCACUUUCGUUGAAUAAAUUGCAAGAAACCCCGCAACAUGUUUAGGGAAGAUUAUUGUUUCUAUGCUAAGUCUGCUAUAUUGAUUUGAUUC